CAAAGCAAUACUGUUGGAUUGCACAUUGGACCUUUAGCUGCUUACCCCACCACCAUUCCCAAACACCACCACACCACCACAUUACCAAACAGUCUGCAGAGCAUCCACCUGGGACCAAACUCAAACCCUGCUGACGUUUUUCCUUUCGGGUCUUGAUUCAACUCUGGAACUGAGAUCGCCGACAUUUUGUUCCAAAAUCUGUGUCCAAGUUGCAGCUUUCGAGUUGUGCAGAAGGCCUGUGGUUUGCGCAAGCUGCUUCAACAUACGUUGAAGACGCCUCUUACAUCUUAGCUCAGUCGUAGAUGAGUUAUAGAAGCUAAUAGAAGAAGCACGCGUGAGCAGCUAAACUAAAGCCCGGCAUAACGAUCGGCAGUUAUGGCUCACACAACCUUUCCUUCGAAUCUACCCAUACCCCAGGAUGACGGAGCCUGCUCGCACUUGACCGGAGCCAGGGUACCCUCGGUACCCCUGUUCGCAACGUCAGGCGACCAACUAGAUGUUUCCUCCUUUUCUGACCUGACCAUCGUCUUUUGUUAUCCACGUACCGGUGCGCGUGGUGAAACGAUUACAGACGAUUGGAACUCGAUACCUGGUGCACGAGGCUGCACACCUCAAGCUUGCAGCUUCCGCGAUCAAAUGGAUCAUUUGCGCAAACUCGGCGUAAAACGUGUGUUCGGCCUAUCCACCCAGUCUACUGCUUACCAGAACGAGGCCAAAGACCGGUUGCGCCUUCCCUACGAAUCGCUUUCGGACGAGAACCUCGAGUUUGCAAACACUCUGAAACUUCCAACAUUCCGCUGGCAGGACAAGACACUGGUCAAGAGAUGUGCGCUCGCUAUCCAGGCGAUGGUGUGUCGCGAGGACUCUUUCGACUGA